AUGAAAUCUAUUAAGCAGAGCGACAUAAUGUUUUCAUUUCUAAAAAAGACAAAAAUUAAAAAAGCUGAACCCAUUAUCGUCAAUGAAAAUAAAGAAAACACCGGCGUCUACGAUUAUCCAACAUCCGCUGUAUCAACGCUAGCACAUGACGCAAAUCACACUAAUGAUAAAAUUCAUGUUGAUACUACUACUCAGAAUUCAACCGAUAAACUGUUGUAUACAUAUCAAUCGAGUGAAGCGAGUCCCCGUGAUUUAUCAAGUUCAUCAUCACCACCACCUCCACAAAAAACUUGUCUUACAAAUACAAUAGGUACAACAACAUCAUUGAAUCAAAUAGGUAGAAAUGAUCUCAAUCGAAUAUUAACAUCUGGCUACUUGAACGGGGAAGAAAAUAUGGGUUAUAUGAAACGAGCUGGCCAGGAUCAUAAAGUUUCGCAUACGAAAUCAUUGCAAUUUCAUCAACCAAUUGGGUUUUCAUAUAAUCGACCACAGACAUUUACAAUACCUGGCACGAAGAAAGGAAUGAAAGCAUUAGUCACUGGACAAACAAAAAUUCGUAAGAUUCAUUGUUCGACACCACAAUCGGUAACAGCUACACCGGAUCACGAACCCCCCGUUGAAAAGGAACCUAUUGUUCUUUCGCGAUAUUCGGGUGGGUUCAUACCUGAUCCUGAAGCGCCCAGAAAGAUCGAAUCCUUAGACUGGCCUGCACCGAUUGCACUUCAAGCUGUACCAGAGUUGAUGAAAACCCAUCGUGGUCAAAGUGAAUCUCGUUCCAAUCAUAGUGAAACGAUAUCAGAUCACCAAGUUCCGAUCGAAAGUAUGACUCAUGAUAUCCACGAAAUUGGCAAUAGUGUUCAGGAUGAUGAUGGUGCUGAUGAUGGCGAAUUACGUCAUGAUGAACAACUUGAAAAAGACAUUAAUGAAAUGUCGAAAAUCAAAGAAUCAUCUGGUAUGGCCAAUGCUCUACUCGAAGAUUUACGUAUUCAAGAGAAGAUCAUUGCGAGACAAUUACCACUCGAUCCAUGGAAAGCAUCUCGUUCACCUUCGGCAGCGAUUGAACCACCUCGUCGUUGUCGAUUUCAAUCGCCAACCUUCGCAUCUCCAUCCAGACGUGUACAUACGCAUUCGUCAUCAACAACUAAUCAAGACGAUAGCCUUGUUGGUUUAUCAGCAUCAAUUUACACAACACCAGCUGGAAGAAAACGGAUUACUUUACCGAGAUAUCAGCAAAGAAGUGAAACAUUAGUACUUCGACCUGAUGAUAGCCUAUCACCAUCGCCCAAAAUUCAAACGUUAUCAAAUCAUCUUGACAUCCAACGAAGUUGUGAUUUAGAUUCGACUACGAAUUCAAGUUUUUCCAACGAUGGUGAUCAAAAUAAGUCAACAAAGACAGUUGAUGUCGACGCUAGAUGGACACAGUCACACCACGCACAUUCGACUCAUUCAGCGCCGGCGUUAAUGAGCAAUCCAAAAAUUUACACAUACAAAGACUUAAAAGUGAUACCGAAACAACGAUUACCAUCCGAUGUCGAUCGAGACCAUCUCGAGCGUCAUUUAGCGGAUGAGGAAUUUCAUUCGUUAUUUCACAUGACUCGAAUGGAAUAUUAUCGUCUACCCGAAUGGCGUCGUGUUGAUCUGAAGAAGCGGCUAAAACUUUUUUGA